AUCCAUACAACACAUUAUCUUCCUAAAUGAAAAAGGAAAGAAACCAAUAAAUAAGGCCUUCCAUGUUCUAACCAUUUUGGAGGGCGACGAUGUUUAAGUAGUGUGCGUAGGUUUCCUGCUUCAAUGCGUUGUGACUUCAAUCGAAGAGUUCGCGGAUGGAUCUUCUUGACAUCCUCCACAGCCACGACAGCAGAAGACAAGCACUGAUCACCUUCUCCAUCGCCACCCUCUUCACCACCAUCCUCUGCUUCGUAUGUCUCAGGAAGAAAAGGUCGAACCUCCCGCCGGGUCCUCGAGGCCUUCCUGUCCUCGGCAGCCUCCCCUUCCUCGACCCCGACCUUCACCGCUGGUUCGCCGACCUCGGACGCGUCCAUGGCCCCGUCAUGCGCGUCCGGCUCGGUGCCAAACCUUGCGUCGUCCUUAGCUCCGCUUCGGUCGCCCGUGAAGUGUUCCGCAACCACGACGUGACCUUCGCCAACCACGACGUCCCCGCUGCCGCACGCACCGCGUCCUACGGCGGCAGCGACCUCGCGUGGGCCGCCUACGGGCCACACUGGCGGGCGCUGCGCAAGGUGUGCGUGCGCGACCUGCUGAGCGCCCGCCGCGUCGACGCGGUCGGCCCGCUGCGGCGCCGCGAGGUGCGGAGGAUGGUGGCGGAGGUGCACUCCAGGGCCGGCGCGGCGGUGGAGGUGCGGGAGGUGAUGUUCGUGGCGUCGCUCAACCUUCUGAUGAGCAUGGUGUGGGGAGUCAGCCUGGAAGGGGAGGAGAGGGAGAGGGUGGGCCGGGAGUUCCGGCGGGUGUCGGACGCGUUCAUGGAGCUCAUGUCGAGGCCGAACGUGUCGGACUUCUUCCCCGCCCUGGAACGGUUCGACUUGCAAGGGGUGGAGAGGAGGAUGAGAGGGCUCGUGAAGUGGCUCGACAGGGUGUUCGACCCUAUCAUCGAUAGCAAGUUGAGAGAGAUGAAGGAGAGCGGAGGAGGAGAAGGGUGCAAAGAUUUCUUACAGGUGCUGUUGGAGCUGCUCGAGAAAGAAGACACCGAGGUGCCGCUUACUCUAGUGAACAUCAAAGCCUUGAUCAUGGACUUGCUCGGAGGUGGCACAGACACGACCUCAGCCACAGUCGAGUGGGCCAUGGCCGAGUUGCUGCACAACCCUGCGCUAAUGGCGAAGGCUCAACACGAGCUGGAUGAAGUAGUAGGGAAGGAAGGACGGGUAGAAGAAUCACACAUAACCCAUCUAAGUUACCUGCACGCGGUGGUCAAAGAGGCGCUGCGCCUCCACCCUCCUCUCCCUCUCCUGGUGCCUCACUCCCCCAGCCAAACCACCACAGUGGGUGGAUUCACCAUCCCCAGAGGCACUGCAGUGUUCGUCAACGUCUGGGCCAUCCAAAGAGACCCCUCCAACUGGACCAACCCACUGGAGUUCAUCCCUGAGAGGUUCUUGGGAGGAGAUGGAGAAGCAGAUUAUGGUGGCAACAACUUCGGCUACAUCCCUUUCGGAUCAGGGAGGAGGAUUUGUGUUGGCAUCUCCCUUGCAGAGAAGAUGCUGAUGAACACACUGGCUUCACUCCUGCACUCAUUUGACUGGCAUUUGCCUCAGGAAGCCAAGAUCGGUCUCGAGGAGAAGUUUGGGCUGGUGCUGAGGAAAUCUGAGCCACUUGUGGCCAUACCCAAACCAAGAUUAUCCAGCCAACAUCUCUAUACUUGAUGUAUUGUUCUUAGCAACAGUGUGUCGAAGCUUUGUAUCACUUGUGUUGAUCUACAAGUUAAAGAAAGCUGACUUAGUAAAUGACCAGAAAUGAAUGAGAUCGAGGUUAUACAGUCA